AUGUACCGUGUACCGGGAUCUGACUUGCAGUUUAAAGAUUUUGACAUGUGGAAGGAUUAUUUGCAGCUGUCCAAAGUGAUCGAAGAAAUGAUGAAACACAGAAGUAUGCAAGGGAACUUGUUACCAGCAGAUAUUCCACUUGAAAGUCUUCAGGAUUAUGCACAUUUGCAUUCACAGAGUGCUCCUGGAUGGUCUACCUCAGUAAACAUAAGAAAAGGAGACAGCAAACAUGGUCCAAAUUUCAAAGCUUCAGAUUUGCAGCACAAGGUCAUAUGUAACUUCUGUAAGCAUAAUGGGGAAUCAAAGCGUGUCUAUUCAUCACAUGCACUGAAGAAAAAAGAUGGAACUAUCACCUGUCCAAUACUAAGGAAGUACGUGUGCCCAGUCUGUGGUGCCACUGGUGAUGUGGCUCACACUCUGAUGUACUGCCCAUUCAAUAACAAAAAGUAUUCACUGUACAAAAAAGAUGGGCGCAAUUCAGUUGGAAAGAAAUGCAAACAAAACAAGGACUAA